AUAAAAAUGAGUUUGUUUUCUGAAACACUAGCAUUAGCUUAUGACAAUCGCAUCUUCCACCAUGAGCCAAAAUCACCACCUAGACCACAAAGACGAUGACGAAGACGAGCACGAGCAUGACAUGGUGAUGCCCGGUUUUCGGUUCCAUCCAACCGAAGAAGAACUCGUGGAGUUUUAUCUUCGCCGUAUGGUCGAGGGCAAGCGGUUCAAUGUCGAGCUCAUCACUUUUCUUGAUCUUUAUCGCUACGACCCUUGGGAACUUCCCGCUUUCGCGGCGAUUGGAGAAAAAGAGUGGUUCUUCUAUGUGCCGAGAGAUAAGAAGUACAGAAAUGGAGAUCGGCCGAAUCGUGUGACCACUUCAGGAUACUGGAAGGCUACCGGAGCAGACAGAAUGAUUCGGACCGAGAAUCUCCGGUCGAUUGGAUUGAAGAAGACUCUUGUUUUCUACACAGGCAAAGCUCCGAAAGGCAUUCGAACUAGUUGGAUCAUGAAUGAAUAUCGCUUGCCACACCAUGAAACUGAGCGGCUACAAAAAGCUGAAAUCUCUCUUUGUAGAGUGUACAAGAGACCAGGAGUGGAAGAUCAUCCCUCCCUCCCCCGAAUUCUCCCAACUCGAGCUUCCUCAUCAAGAACUAAUCCUUCUACCAAACGACAUGAUCGCGAUCCUCCAGCACAACAUCACGCAAUGGAGAAACUACAAGUUUUCGGAGACCAAACAGUCCAACAAACCUCGCAGAAACUCAGUGACACAAUCAGUGCAGACAGCACAACCGAAGACAUUGGGACGACAUCCCUAUGCCUCUCAAGCCAAAACCCGAGCUCUAGUUUACUGAUAAAUAGCCCGAACACGAUCCAUGAUUUCCAUACACUAAUUAGCUACCAUCAGGCUUCGGUUAACCAGCCACACCAAUUCUUUCCGGACACAUUGCAGCUUUCGGCUAAUAAUGUGUUGCAGCCUGCGCAGCAAUUGCAGUCACUCACUCUCGCAGUGUUCCCGGCUGAAUCAGCUCAAAGCGCGUAUUCGGAUAGAGUAAUGUGGGACUGGAAUUCCAUUCCUGAAGCAACUGCAAGCAGAGAUCAUGGUGCAUUCUUAGGGAGGUUCUCUGGUAGCAUAUAGUUUUCCGAGCUUGUGUAAUGUUUAUUGGCAGGUUAGUAGACUUGAAUGUUAUAGUAUUCGUGCUUCUACAAUCGAUAAGGCUCAAAUAUUUCUUGAGUUGCAUGCACUAUCGAUUAUUCGAUUGGAUAUGAAAUGCUGCAUAGUAAGAGAGACUACUUGGCCAGAUUAUCACAUGUAUAAAAGUUCAAUAAUUAAUAAAUAUUUUUAAUUGAUA